CUUUUCUCAAUCUUAAUCGUUAUGGUCACACAUCUGAAGAAAAGAGCACCCACAACUCCAUGCUACAAGGAGACGAUGAUGAAGAAGGUAUCCUAUGGUGACAUCCUUAAAGCUACCAACUGGCUCUCUCCCGUCAAUAAGAUCAGCACAAGCCACACCAGCUCCAUCUACAUUGGCCGGUUUGAGUUUGACACGGAUCUCAUGGCCAUCAAAGUAUUCCAUCUCGAUGAGCUUGGUUCACUAAACAACUUUCUUAUGGAAUGUGAGGUGCUCAGAAACACCCGUCAUCGUAAUCUUAUGAAAGAAGUGACCUUAUGCCCCACAGUGAGCUUGGGGAACGAUGAGUUCAAAGCUAUAAUUUUUUAUUUCAUGGCCAAUGGAAGCUUGGACAUGUGGGUGCACCCAAAGUUGCACAAAAAUUCCCCCAAGAGACGUCUGAGCUUGGAUCAGAGGAUAGGAAUAGCUGUGGAUGUGGCUUCUGCUUUGGACUACAUGCACAACCAACUGACGCCACCUUUAAUUCACUGCGAUUUGAAACCAGCUAAUGUUCUUUUGGAUUACGAUAUGACGGCCAGACUUGGUGAUUUUGGAUCUGCAAAAUUUCUCUCUUCGAGAAUUGCUAAUUCAGAAGGUUUUAUUAGCGUGGGAGGAACUAUUGGAUAUAUCGCACCUGAGUAUGGAAUGGGGUACAAAAUCUCAACUAGGUGUGACGUGUACAGUUUCGGUGUGUUGCUACUAGAAAUGCUCACAGGAAUUGGACCAACUGAUGCAAUGUUCACCGAUGGCAUGAGCCUUCAGCGGUUGGUCGACAAGGAAUGA